AUGCCUGCCACUCCAAAUGAGGAGGUAACACAGGCUGCCCUAAACCGAUGGAUUGUUGCUAACCGGGAUGUCAAAUGCAUCAUGCUAGCUACAAUGUCUCCAGAUCUUCAAAAGACAUUUUUUGAGAAGGAGAUGACUUUUGAGAUCAUAUCUGAACUUCAGAAUAUGUUUCAAGAGAAGGCUAGGACCGAAAGGUUCGAAACCCAUCGGCAAAUUCUUGAGAGCAAGCUCAAGAAAGGAGAGCCCAUUAGCCCUCAUGUACUCAAAAUGAUUGGAUUAUUUGAGAACAUGGAGAGGCUUGAUGAGGGUUACUCAAACGAGAUGGCAAUUGACAUUAUUCUCCACUCGCUGCAUAAAGGUUAUGAUCAAUUCAAGAUGGACUAUAACAUGCAAAACAUGGAAAAAACCCUCACAGAGCUUCACAAAAUGUUGAAGCAGGCCGAGAAAACGCUCAAAUAUGAGGGGAAGCAUGACGUGCUUAUGGUAAAAAAGGGAAAGCCAUUCAAGCGAUCUGGCAAGAAGUAA